UGUCACCCCCUCCGCUACACCACUGUCAUGAAAGAGGGACUGUGUACCUUACUAGUAGCUGUGUGCUGGAUCCUCUCCUGUACCAAUGCCCUGACUCACACUCUCUCCCUGGCCCAGCUGUCCUUUUGUGCUGACAACACCAUCCCCCAUUUCUUCUGUGACCUUGCUGCCCUACUCAAGCUCUCAUGCUCAGACAUCUCCUUCAAUGAGCUGCUCAUUUUCACAGUGGGAUUGGCAGUCAUUUCUCUACCACUAAUAUGCAUCUUGAUCUCUUACGGCCACAUUGGGGUCACCAUCCUAAAGACUCCGUCUACCAAGGGGAUCUUGAAAGCCUUGUCCACCUGCGGCUCCCACCUCUCUGUGGUGUCUCUGUAUUAUGGCACAAUUAUUGGACUGUAUUUUGUCCCCUCGUCUAGUGCCUCCAGCGAUAAGGACAUAAUUGCCUCUGUGAUGUACACGGUGGUCACCCCAUUGCUGAAUCCCUUCAUUUAUAGCCUAAGGAACAGGGACAUAAAGGGAGCCCUGGAGAGACUCUUCAACAGGGCAAUAGUCUUAUCUCAAUGACAUUUGUUCUUCUUUAUAGCAGACACAUGUAUCGACCUAUCUCCAGAUGAUAGAUCCUUAAUCCUGAUCCCAGCAAGGGAUAAGUGCUCAGUAACUCUUUGAUGACUUGAAUUGCAUUCUGUUACAGUUAUUCUCUCUUUUCCUCUUUAGUAUAAAUGGUGAAUUCUGUGUUUAUUUAAUUAGUUAUUUGUCUUGCUUAUUAGAUUCAGAAAUUCCAUAGCUAACAGAACUUAAAUCUUUCAUUUCCUGGAAAUUUUUUUGUUCUUAUGCAUUGUUUAAAUAUGUUGACUAACAGGUUUCCCUUGGCAGAGAAAGGUUGAAGGAUUGGGUAUUUGUAAAGUUGUUUUCCUUACUUUUUUCCCAUUCAGUUCUCUUCUUACAUUUUUGAUUGUUGGUGGUGAUGGUGGUAGGUCAGGAGAAGAAACUGUAUAGUACCCUUUACAGAUCCAAAAAGCUAUUCCCUGUCAUAAGUUCAGCUCCUCCACUUCAGGGC